UUCGAUAGUUAUCGAUAGCGAAAAAAACACAGCUGCUUGGAUCAUGAUACCUUUCCCUUGCGCCGUCAGAAAAAAUGCGCAGCCUAGGAAACAAAAUAUUUUCGUCAUCCAACUAAGUCGCUAUUGUAAGCAAUGGAUUUCAAGUAUGACGAAAAGAAGUGGUGUGCAGCCAACACACGACUUUUGUUGUCCCUUUACAAUGAACGCCAAGCAGACUUUCGGGAUCCGAGAAAAAAAAUCAAGGACAUUUGGGGAGAAAUGGUCGUUGUCCUUCAAAACCAGGGAAUGACAGAUAUCGAUGCCGUUCAGCUGGAUCGGAAAUUUAGGAACCUGAAGAAGACCUACUACUGCAUAAGGAGCAAGCACCUGGCGAAGGGGCCGCAGUACCAUCCGAACUGGCUGUACUACGACGAGAUGUCCGAGAUUCUGAAGUAUGACCCUAUCCCACCGCCACGGGAACUUACCAUCAGUGAUUACGAUGAGGCGGUGGUCAGUGCGGGCACCGGUAUCCAAAAAGGCAGGAUGUUGUCCAUGGGCACCACUGUCAGCACAGUGAUUCCCCGGCAGAUGCGUGUGUAUCGCAAACGCAAGCUGCCAUUAAAGGCUGUCGAUACCGAGAUCCAGAAAGACUACGAGGUGGAAUCGGAUCAGCCACAGGAAGUGAACCACAUCACAGUCUUUAAUGCCGCCGAGCCCAAAACUAAUGAUUAUUCGUCAGAACCCACGGACGAGAUCUCCAUCAGCAACGCCGAAGAGGCAAUGAGACACCUAAGAGCGCUCCAGGAGUACGCCAUGUUCCAGGAUAAUUUCCGGGCCAUUGGACUGCUCAUUCAGGCGGAGCACGCCAUUCAAUAUCCAGCCAAGGACAAGGACUUCGAGGUGGAUCAAACGUAGUGUCCUUGCAAAUAAACACACAAAUUACUGCAAAAGUUAAAAUACUUUUACAUAAUUAAUUUUAAAAGCAAAU